CUAGUGAAAUUAGUUAAAGGCAUCAGUCUCUUGUGCAUUUUUGCAAAGAAUACAUUAGUUUUUGUUACAACACAGACCUAAACGAAACACAAUUCAAAAUGUUCAAAUUGGUGGUGUUGUCUGCUCUUUUCGCCGUCUCAAUGGCCGCUCCAUCUGGAAUACACGCCGUAGCACCAGUAGCUUACAGUGUUGCUGCCCCAGCCGUAGCUGUACCAACCGCUGUCAGUCAUCAAUCACGAGUUGAUGUACACAGCAGCCCAGUUGUUGCUACCACAUACACCGCUCAAGCUCCAGUCGCCGUAGCUGCUGCUCCAGUAGCUGUUGCUGCCCCAGCUGUAGUAGAAGCUCGUUAUGCUCCAGCAGCCGUAGCCGUACCAACCGCUGUCAGUCACCAAUCACGAGUUGAUGUACACAGCAGCCCAGUUGUUGCUACCACAUACACCGCUCAAGCUCCAGUCGCCGUAGCUGCUGCUCCAGUUGCUGUUGCUGCCCCAGCUGUAGUAGAAGCCCGUUAUGCCGCCCCAGCUGUAGCCGUACCAACUGCUGUCAGUCACCAAUCACGAGUUGAUGUCCACAGCAAACCAGUUGUUGCUACCACAUACUCCGCUCAUGUUCCAGCUGUAGCCACAUAUGCCGCUCAUGUUCCAGCUGCCUAUGCCUCAUACGCUGCUCAUGUUCCAGCUGCCUAUGCCUCAUACGCUGCUCAUGUACCAGCUGCCUACGCCUCAGUAUGGUAAUUGAUGGUUAUUGAGAAUAGUGAAUCUAGCAAAACUAAAUAAUUCUUGACUGAUGUUUUUAUUUUUAUUUUUUAUUUUAUUUUUAUUUUUCUGAAAUAUUUAUUUUCUAAUUUCCAAACCUCUUUUCUAUGAUUGUUGAAAAUAAAUAAACUCAAUACAUUUUCAUAAA